AUGCCCACACACCCCAUUCAUUCCGCGGUGAUGGAGAAUCUUCUCACUCUCGUUUACGGAUUCCCGGCGGAAGUUGUGUUCUCACAUAUCUCUGUACCAUGCUAUUGGAAGAUGAAAGAGACUAUACAAGGGACUGGGUCUUGGGGGCCUGAGCCUCCUGGACCCGGCAUAGCCCCAGCUUUUUCAAGUCCCAGGCGGGAGCGUCUUCGUUGGCCCCCACCCCCCAAACCCCGACUCAAAUCAGGUGGAGGGUUUGGGCCAGACCCUGGGUCAGGGACCACAGUGCCAACCAGACGCCUCCCUGUCCCUCGGCCCUCUUUUGAUGCCUCAGCUAGUGAAGAGGAGGAGGAAGAAGAGGACGACGAAGAUGAAGAUGAGGAGGAGGAAGUGGCAGCUUGGAGGCUGCCCCCCAGAUGGGGUCAGCUGGGAGCUUCCCAGAGGCCUCGCCCUCCCCGCCCUACUCAUCGGAAAACCUGUUCACAGCGCCGUCGCAGAGCUAUGAGAGCCUUCCGGAUGCUGCUCUACUCAAAAAGCACCUCGCUGACAUUCCACUGGAAGCUUUGGGGGCGCCACCGGGGCCGGCGGCGGAACCUCGCACACCCCAAGAACCAUCUUUCACCCCGGGAAGGGGCUGUGACACCACAGGUGCCAUCCCCCUGCUGUCGUUUUGACUCCCCCCGGGGACCAGCUCCACCCCGGCUGAGUCUGUUAGGUGCUCUCAUGGCUGAGGAUGGGGUGAGAGGGUCUCCACCAGUGCCCUCUGGGGCCCCCAUGGAGGAAGAUGGAUUAAGGUGGACUCCAAAGUCUCCUCUGGGCCCUGACUCUGGUCUCCUCUCUUGUACUCUGCCCAAUGGCUUUGGGGGACCACUUGGGCCAGAAGGAGAGCGAAGUCUGGCACCCCCUGAUGCCAGCAUCCUCAUCAGCAAUGUGUGCAGCAUCGGGGACCACGUGGCCCAGGAGCUUUUUCAGGGCUCAGAUGUGGGCACUGCAGAAGAGGCCGAGCGGCCUGGGGAGAAAGCUGGCCAGCACAGCCCUCUGCGGGAGGAGCAUGUCACCUGUGUGCAGAGCAUCUUGGAUGAAUUCCUUCAGACUUACGGCAGCCUCAUCCCCCUCAGCACAGAUGAGGUAGUGGAGAAACUAGAGGACAUUUUCCAGCAGGAGUUCUCUGCACCUUCCAGGAAGGGCCUGGUGCUGCAGUUGAUCCAGUCAUACCAGCGGAUGCCAGGCAAUGCCAUGGUGAGGGGCUUCCGAGUCACCUAUAAGCGGCAUGUGCUGACUAUGGAUGACCUGGGGACUUUGUAUGGACAGAACUGGCUCAAUGACCAGGUGAUGAACAUGUACGGAGACCUGGUCAUGGACACAGUCCCUGAAAAGGUGCAUUUCUUCAACAGUUUCUUCUAUGAUAAACUCCGUACCAAAGGUUAUGAUGGGGUGAAAAGGUGGACCAAAAACGUGGACAUCUUCAAUAAAGAGCUCCUGCUAAUCCCCAUCCACCUGGAGGUGCAUUGGUCCCUCAUCUCUGUUGACGUGAGGCGGCGCACCAUCACCUAUUUUGACUCGCAGCGCACCCUGAACCGCCGCUGCCCUAAGCAUAUUGCCAAGUAUCUGCAGGCAGAGGCAGUGAAGAAAGACCGGCUGGAUUUCCACCAGGGCUGGAAAGGUUUCUUCAAAAUGAAUGUGGCCAGGCAGAAUAAUGACAGUGACUGUGGCGCCUUUGUGUUGCAGUAUUGCAAGCACCUGGCCCUGUCUCAGCCAUUCAGCUUCACUCAGCAGGACAUGCCCAAACUUCGUCGGCAGAUCUACAAGGAGCUGUGUCACUGCAAACUCACUGUGUGAGCCUCGUAUCCCAGGCCUCGAGCCCAUUCGUUAAUGGGCAGGGGAACAUGGGAGACCCUUCCCAAGAAACUCAAGUUCCUUUUGUCUUUAGCCUCUUUCCACCCAGUUCCCUUUGGUUUUUCAUAUUUAAAUGUUUUGAUUUCUGUAUUUUUUUUUCCCUUUGAGAGAAUACUUGUUGAUUUCUGAUGUUCAAGGGGUGGCCAUGGAAAAUCCCCUAUUUCCCGCUGUCUGCAAGGGAGUAUGGCCUUGUGGCCUGGGUGGGGCAGU